CGCGUGCGGGUGUGCCUCGCGUUCAACCUCGCGUUGUCUCCAUCCCUGUCACACCAACCCCAAGUGCUGCCCGUGCGAAAGGAACGCUAGUGAAAAACGUAAAACUAGGCAAUUUCUGAUGUGACGGGAGGGCGUACCCCUAGCGAUGUAACCCGUUCGCCAAGUGCAGCCAACAUGUGCUCCUGGGUGGUGACAGCCCUCAUCAUCCUAUAUGCCAUGGGUGGCGAGGGUCAGGAGCAUGGGCCGGUGUUCCUGAUGGAGCCUCCACCGCGGCUGGUGUUCUCCAACAGUACGGGCGCGCGAGUGUCGUGCGCCGCUCACGGGUUCCCAGCGCCGCAGCUGGCCUGGCAGCAGCCUGAUGGGGCCCAACUGGACGAUGUACCUGGCCUAAGACAAGUGCUAGACAAUGGGACACUAGUUCUGCUACCGUUUCCAGCGACUCAAUACCGUCCUGACAUCCACUCGACCGUAUACCGCUGCCGGGCCCACAACGCACACGGCGCCAUACUCUCACGAGAUAUGCGUACUCAAGCCGUUGUAUGGCAAGAGUGGCGAGUCCGCGUUACGUCCACACAAGCUGAGGCCGGCGGGCCAGCUCUACUUACGUGCGUGGUGCCGGCAGCGCUGCGGGAGCACGCAUCCGUCGCAGCCUGGUACAGAAACGAUGCUGUACUGCCCGCUGCAGACCAUCUAUCGGGCUCCACGCUACUCGUUGGUGAUGGAUGGAAACUGAUAGUGCGGUCAGUAGGCAUCGAGGACUCAAACGCACAGUACUCGUGUUCGGUUCUGGACUCGUUAACUGGCGAGCGGCGGCAGAGCGCGCCAGUCAGCAUCGACGCUUCCCCUAUGAGCGUGGCGUCAGCUCCUCGCUCCAUCACGCAUGGCCAGUGGGAGGCAAGCGUGAGACGUGGUGGUGACGUCGCACUGCCUUGCUUGGUGCACGCCAGUCCGCCAGCGUCUAUCACGUGGUACCGCGAGACAGGUGGCGGGGUACUCCGCGAGGUCAGAGACAAUGAGGGUGCUGGUAGGUAUACCCGCACCCACGAUGCCCUCGCCAUCAGAAGGGCAGAGAUCGCGGACGGCGGACGGUGGGCGUGCCGCGCAGCCAAUCCGCACGGUCAUCUCACGCUACGACUGCAUUUGGCUGUACACGCGCAUUUGACUGUCCACGCUCAACCACAUACCCAGGUGGUAAACAGCGGUGGUACUGCUAUGAUCAACUGUACAUGGGGUGGCUGGCCGGCCCCACGGCUGGAGUGGCUCCACAAUGGAGUCCCAUUAGGAGCAGGGGUGGCUGGAGGCAGGGUCCAUAUACAGAGUAAUGGGGAACAACUCAUCAUCACGGCCGUCCAUCGAGCUGAUAAAGGAGUGUAUCAGUGCAUGGCGAGGAAUGAGCGGGAUUCCGCGCAGGCCAGCGCAGAAUUGAGGCUUGGAGACACGGCGCCAGAGCUACAGUAUACGUUCAUCGAGCAAGUCCUGAGACCUGGACAGGUGGUGACUCUCAAGUGCUCCGCAGUCGGUUCACCGCCGCCACACUUCACCUGGAUGCUGGAUGGACAGCCCCUCAACACCAUAGCCAUGGGACCUAGAUUUAGUGUCGAACAAUUCGCGACCAAGGCAAACGACGUGGUCAGUUACUUGAACAUCUCAGCGGUGACGUCAGAUGACGGUGGACUGUACACUUGCAGAGCGGCAAACUCGCUUGGUGAAGUGGCGCACACGUCCAGGCUCAAUAUUUAUGGUCCACCUUAUGUAAGGUCACUAGCGCCGAUCAGAGCUGUCGCUGGUCGGGAACUGAUGCUGUACUGCCCAUACUCUGGCUACCCUAUCAGUUCUGUGAAGUGGCACAGAGAUGGCCAACCUGUUGAAUGGGACAGCAGUGUAGAUGGCGCACUAAGGGUAGCCAGGGUGGAGCCGUCUCAUGCCGGUACCUACACCUGCUUGGUGAUGGGCGCCCACGGGGAGACAGCCAGGAGGGAGCUACAGCUGGUUGUUAGCAAUCCUCCUGAAAUAGAGCCGUUUUCCUUCUCUGCAAACCUGCAAGAAGGCAAGCGUGCUCAGGUCAGCUGCAGCGUGACGUCGGGAGACAUGCCAGUACACUUCACUUGGUUAAAGGAUAACGCCCCUAUACCCACCAGUUUACAGGUGGAAGAACGGGCCGCUGACUUUUUCAGCAAUCUCGUAUUCAAAGAGGUGUCAGCCCGCCACAGCGGACUGUACACGUGCGUGGCAUCCAAUUCCGCGGCCAAAGUUAACUAUACGGCCGAGCUGGUGGUGAAAGUCUCACCAAAAUGGGUGGUGGAACCAAAAGAUGAAGCUGUGCUGGCCGGGGAGGCUCUGGCACUGCAUUGCCAGACUACGGGCUCACCAUCACCGCAAGUCACGUGGUUGAAACAGAGAGGUUCGUCAUCUACAGACUUCGUCCCUCUGGUGAACCUCGGCGGCCGCUUCCAACUUUUGACCAACGGAACACUCUGGAUCGAGUCUGCGCUACCGUAUGACGAAGGCCACUAUAUCUGCAAGUCUGAGAAUGGAGUUGCUCCCUCCCUGAGCAAGAGUAUUGCCGUGGCUGUUAAUGAGCCGGCGCGGUUCGAGCUGACGUCGCAUAACAUGACGGCGCGGCGCGGCGCGGCGGCCACGCUGGCGUGCGACGUGCGCGGCGACGGGCCCAUACGGGUCACGUGGGCACACAACACCAACCACCUAGAUCUUAAUACCUAUAGGUUAAGUAUAUCCGAAGCAAAGACUGAUAGUGGUUUAAGGUCCCAAUUAUAUAUAAGCAGAGCAGACAGAGAAGACUCGGGCGUGUACAAGUGCCAAGCAGUUAACGCCUAUGGUCACAGUGAUCAUUAUAUUUAUCUUUCCGUCCAAGAAAAGCCCGAUACGCCCCACUCGUUAUCUGUCACUGAGAUUUUAAGUCGAGCAGUGCGGUUAUCCUGGAGUCAAGGAUUCGAUGGCAACUCCCCGCUGGUCGGGUACACGCUGCAGUACUGCGUGCUGAGCGCGCAGGGCUCCAUCAGAGUCAACCAAUGGGACACUGCCACCAGCCUCAACGUCUCCGUCCAUGGCACUCCACACACCACUGUCAUUCUUACAAAAAAGGGUGACAUUCACUACGAGGCGCUCCUGAAUACUCUAAAACCUCACACGGCGUAUAUGAUUCGUAUCGCAGCUAUCAACCAGAUAGACAGAAGCGCCUUCACGGAGCCUGUGGUGGUCAAAACACAAGAAGAAGCACCAUCGGAAGCACCCACAAAUGUGCAAGUGACUGCAGGCGGAGCGGGAGAGCUGCAUGUGUCGUGGCGGCCGCCGCCAAGAGACGCGUGGCACGGGGAGCUGCUCGGGUACUCUGUCACCUGCACCGAGCUAACUACACCUGGCGCGAGUCACAGAAAUAUUACGAGGACUUUAACAGUAAACGGGUGGUCUGCAACAGAACUCAACUUAUCCGCUCUAAGGAAGUUUACACGAUACGAGGUGCGUGUGAGAGCAUUCAACGGAGUUGCAGCUGGACCGGCUUCUGCACCUGUCUCUGCUACUACUUUAGAAGGAGUUCCUGAGUCACAUCCAAUAACAGUAUCCUGUUUCCCUCUAUCAUCUUCGAGUAUGAAAGUAACAUGGAACCCGCCUCCAAUUGGACAACACGGUGGUCUUAUACAAGGAUACAAAGUCGUUUACUCGCCUUUUACUUCAGACGAAGCGGAUAUAGGGGAAAUUAAGCGAGUAACAACAACUGAUACUUACCUACAUACGCUCAGGAAAUACACCAAUUAUUCCAUUCAAGUACUGGCGUUCACCAAUGCAGGAGACGGCAAGAGAAGUCCUCCAGUUUAUUGCAUGACAGAAGAAGAUGUACCAUCAGCGCCUGAGAAGAUUAAAGCAUUGGCAUAUUCCAGUGAUACGGUACUAGUUAGCUGGCUACCACCAAUACACCCUAAUGGGAUCAUUUCUCAUUACACUGUAUACUACAGAGAAGCGGGCAGGUUAGGUAAACACUCGAGUUUUACAGUCACAGCAGAUAAAAAUGCAGACGUGGACCUCAUGUUUCAAGUGCGAAAUCUUAUGGAAACACAACUUUACGAAUUCUGGGUAUCGGCUACGACGGGCUCCGGAGAAGGCGAGUCCACGCUUGUAGUGGGACAAGGACCUGCAUCGAGGGUUCCGGCACGCAUCGCAUCGUUCGGGCGUGAGGUGCGCGUGGCUCGAGGUCGCGGUGCCGUGCUGCGGUGCUCGUGCGUGGGCGCGCCGCCGCCGCGCUCCCGCUGGGCGCACGCACGCCGCCCCGUCACGCACCACGCGCACUACCAGGUCACGCACGCCGGCCACCUGCGGCUGCGGGGUCAGUACUCACGCUCACUACCGCCCACUACGCGCCUCGCGCCGCCCCGUCACGCACCACGCGCACUACCAGGUCACGCACGCCGGCCACCUGCGGCUGCGGGGUCAGUACUCACGCUCACUACCGCCCACUACGCGCCUCGCGCCGCCCCGUCACGCACCACGCGCACUACCAGGUCACGCACGCCGGCCACCUGCGGCUGCGGGGUCAGUACUCACGCUCACUACCGCCCACUACGCGCCUCGCGCCGCCCCGUCACGCACCACGCGCACUACCAGGUCACGCACGCCGGCCACCUGCGGCUGCGGGGUCAGUACUCACGCUCACUACCGCCCACUACGCGCCUCGCGCCGCCCCGUCACGCACCACGCGCACUACCAGGUCACGCACGCCGGCCACCUGCGGCUGCGGGGUCAGUACUCACGCUCACUACCGCCCACUACGCGCCUCGCGCCGCCCCGUCACGCACCACGCGCACUACCAGGUCACGCACGCCGGCCACCUGCGGCUGCGGGGUCAGUACUCACGCUCACUACCGCCCACUACGCGCCUCGCGCCGCCCCGUCACGCACCACGCGCACUACCAGGUCACGCACGCCGGCCACCUGCGGCUGCGGGGUCAGUACUCACGCUCACUACCGCCCACUUCGCGCCUCGCGCCGCCCGUGCUGCGGUGUGGGUGCAUGGGCGCACCGUCGCUGCAGAACUCAUCUCUUAAUAAUCAGAAAAGGAAAAUAAUCACAAUGAUGAUAACGCAAUAUUUGAACGAGCAGUCAUCGGGCAACUUCUCAUGUACGGCCAGUAACACCAUCGGCGAAGACACAAUAGUAUACGUGGUGUCAGCGGUGCUGCCUCCAGCCGCGCCCGCUCUCUCGCUGCAAUACACCACUUCUUCCAGUAUCAAGCUACAUUGGCAAAUCCCUGGAGAAACUACUGAUCCCAUAUUGGGCUACAUCCUACAUCAUAAGCAAAAUACUGAUACCGACUGGAACACGGUAGAGCUGACUCCGGAAGUCACCUCGUACACCAUGGAUAUGCUCAAAUGCGGCACUACAUACAACGCAAAGAUCCAGGCCAGAAACAAAAUCUCUAUAGGUCCUCCUUCUGAGGUACUGAGUGCAACCACUAGAGGAGGAAGACCAAAACCGCCCAAGCCAGAAGACCAUGUACAUAUGAACUCAACAGCAAUCAAAAUCAACUUUUAUGCGUGGCGAGACGGUGGCUGUCCUAUAUUGGGGUUCAGAGUCUCGUAUAGAAGAGUAGGGACAGAGCAUUGGAUCAAGAUAGGAGACGGCCUGAAUUCUGCCAGCCACGUGGUAGGAGAUCUAUCACCGGGCACGUGGUACGAGCUUACCGUAGAGGCGUAUAGUGAUGCUGGUGUGGAGCGAGUUACAUUAAGAGUGGAUACACAUACGCUGGCUGGAGGUACGAAUUCAUGGAUAUUUUAA